AUGGCUGCAGUAGAGGGCGGCGUGGUGGGCAGGGAGGGUGGCAGGGUUACCACGAAAGGGGCGGUGGACGACGGCAGCAUCGGCAUCGCGAAGGGAGUAGUGCUAGACGGAGGAGGAGGAGGAGAGAAAAGGGGAGAAGAAGGUAUUGGUGGUAGCAAGGAUCUCAGCGAAAGAGUAGAGUAUAGGACCCUUGUCGCGAAUGGAGAGGCGGAAGUCGGCGAGGGAGGUGGAGGAGGAGGAGGUGAAGAAGAGAGCGGGGAGGUCACUAGUGGUGGAGUUGGUAGCGGCGGAGCUGAAGGCGGUGGGGACAAUAGCGGCAGCUAA